AUGAAUGAAGUUAUGUCUCUGAUACCCCCUCCAGCCAAAGGCUUUCUUUUUGCCGACGAUCUAACCAUAAUCUGUAAAGGAAGAAAUACAGAUACGAUACAGGAAAUUCUCCAACAGAUCAUAAACAAAUUAUACGACUGGUCAAAUAGGUCAGGUUUCAAGUUUUCUCAAAUUAAAUCUGAAAUAAUGAUCUUCUCCAGACAGGAGAAACAGACCCACUUAAAAUUAUACCUAGGUGACUCUGAACUUAAAAAAACAAAUAAUGUAAAAAUUCUUGGUCUAACCUUCGACUCAAAACUAUCAUGGAAAACUCAUAUAACGAAACUAAAAGGGGAAUGCGUUUUCCGUCUGGACAUUCUAAAAAUAAUAGCAGCAAACAAUUGUGGAGCAGACCAAGUAACCCUGAAAAAUACCUAUCAGGCACUUAUCAGGUCCAAACUCGAUUACGGGGCAAUCAUUUACGGAUGUGUGAGUCAUUCAUGCCUUAAAAUCCUGGACCCAGUACAUAACGCAGCACUAAGGACAAUCGUUGGAGCGUUCAGAACUAAUCCUAUUCUAAGUAUCCUAAAAGAAAUCAAUGACCCCCCACUUUCUACCAGAAGACAAAUUCUCAGCGCUGGACAAGCGAUAAAAACCUCAACCAUACUCAACAAAUCUGCUUAUCUGAAUACGUUCUCAAAACGAAGUAACGAAAAAUACCUCCAGCACUGCAACUACCCAAAACCAUUCUACUGUCGAAUAUACAAUAUAGAGCAGAAACUUGACAUCCAAUUCUCCAACACAGACUGCAGAAGACUACCAAAAAUUCCACCAUGGACAAUACCACCUAUUGAGACGGAUAUAACCCUUAACGCUUAUGCAAAAUAUGACACUCAUCGUGACAUUUUCAUCUCCCUAACCAAUGAACUUUUAAAUAGAUACAUGGAUUUCACCCACAUCUACACUGAUGGUUCAAAAAAUGUAUCAAGUACAGGAUAUGCAGUUGUCACCCCCCAAUCUGUAACAAGAAUCAAACUCCCGGACACAACAUCUGUGUUCACUGCAGAACUAAUGGCCAUUACACACGCACUGACUUUAGCCGAAAAAGAGAACUACUUAAAUAUAGCCAUUCUGUCAGAUUCUAAAAGUGCUAUAGCAUCAAUCAAUAAUACAGCCUCCACGAACGAGACCAACCUACAAAUAUUAGAAAUUCACGCAGAACUAACAAAUAACGGAAAUAAAAUUGUAAUAAUAUGGAUCCCUUCCUAUAUUGGAAUCCCAGGAAAUGAAAGGGCCGAUCAAGCUGCAAAAGAGGCUGCCGCCGACUUAGCCCCAAACACACUGACCCGCUUCCACCACAAGGACCUAUUAAAUUGUAGUAAAAGAAAACUAUUAACAAAGUGGGAAAGAAAAUGGUUCAACACUGCACCCACCUACAUAAAAAACCUCACCGACAACUCAUUUCAAACAAGAAGAGACCCCGAGAAAAGAUCAGGUGCAGAACAAGUAAUAAUAUCGAGGCUCAGAAUUGGACACACAAAAAUCACCCAUUCGUACCGAUUAUCAAAGGAACCAGUACACCCACCUGUACUGAUUGUAACACAAUAA